CUACCUGUUUUCCUGUAUAAAGCUCUGAACUGCUGAACUCUCCAGCAGUUCUCUCAGAAUGGAGUCUGUGCUGAGAUAUCUGGACUGGACGUCUGUGGGCUUGGCCCUGCUGGGUGGUCUUCUCUCUCUGGUUCUGCUGGAGAUUUUCAGGUUUAACUCCUUCAGGAGACGCUUCCCACCCGGACCUAAAAGUCUGCCCUAUGUGGGAAACGUGAUGCAGCUCUUUAAGGAGCCAAUGGACCUUAUCAGAUCGAUGGAGAACUAUGGUGAGAUGUCCUGUCUGUUCGUGGGCAGAAAACCAAUGAUUGUUCUGAAUAAGAUGGAGAUUGUGAAGGAGGCUUUCGUUAAUAAUGGGUCUGUGUUUUCUGGAAGACCACAAGUGCCGUUACUGGAGUGGGUCACUAAUGGGUUGGGUAUUGUGAUGGCCCCUUAUGGGAAUUCGUGGAAACAGCAACGUCGGUUUGCUCUGCACACUCUGCGUGAUUUUGGUCUGGGGAAGAAAAGUGUGGAGGAGCGCGUGGCUGAGGAGGCACGGUACCUUGUUGAAGAGAUGCUAAAGCAUGAAGGGAAGGCUUUUUUUCCUAUCCAUCCUAUUAUGAACUCAGUCUCCAACAUCAUCUGCUCCAUCGUCUUCGGAGACCGCUUUGAUUAUGAAGACAAGCGCUUCGCUCAUCUGCUGAAACUCCUAAAUGAGUACGUUGGGCUUCCUGGAUCAAUGAUAGGACAGAUCUUUAACUUGGCCCCCUUUAUAAAACACUUUCCGGGGCCUCAUCAGAAGGUCUUGAGAAAUGCUAAUUCCUUGAAAGGCUUUAUUCGUGAGAUUGUAGAGGAACACAGGAAGACUCUGGACCCAGAAAACCUGCGGGACUUCAUUGAUGCCUACCUGGUGGAAAUGACCAAGCAAAAAGCAAUGGAAGAAUCUACAUUCCAUGAAGAGAACAUGAUAAUAUCCACCACUGAUCUUUUCCUUGCCGGAACAGACACCACAGCUACCACUCUUAGAUGGGGCCUCAUUUACAUGAUGGACCACCCUGAUGUGCAAGAGCGCUGUCACGAGGAGAUAGUUCGGGUGCUGGGUUUUGAUCGUUCUCCCUGCAUGGAUGAUCGUGCACAGCUCCCCUACACUCAUGCCACUAUUCACGAGAUCCUGCGCUGUUCCAACAUCAUUCCUAUUGGUCCACCCCACGAGACCACACAAUCAACACAGCUGCAUGGAUACCACAUCCCAGCGGGAACACAGAUUUUGGCCAAUUCUACAGCCAUCAUGACUGACAGAAACCACUGGAAGCAUCCAGAUGUGUUCAACCCGGAGAACUUCCUAGAUGAGAAAGGACAGUUCUGUAAAAAUGACUUCUUUCUGCCAUUUUCUAUGGGUCAGAGGGUGUGUCUGGGUGAGAGUCUGGCGAGGACAGAGCUCUUCAUCUUCUUCACUUCUCUGAUCCAGCGGCUGAAGUUCUCAUGGCCUCCUGGAGAACCUCGUCCAAACAUGAACGGCAUCAUGGGCUUGGUCCGCUGUCCCUUCCCCUAUAAUACAAUCUGCAGCAGCAGGGAGACCACCCACUGAAUUAGACCACCAAGAUCAGCUUCUGUAUGAGAGAGAGCAGCACCAUUCCUGAAAAACACAAUACUAUAUUGUAAUACUUGAGUAGUGUUCAUUUAAAUAUUAAUAUUACAUCUAAACAGUACUAUAUCUCUACUCGACCCUCUCUUCGAGUCUGAUCAACAGGAACUGGCAAGCUGGUGAGCCAACUAGUAACUUUAUUUGUGUAUUUUUACAGAACUAAAGCAGUCACCUAUUUAGCAUAUGUGCUAAUUAUAAUAUAUAUGCUAAUUGAGAAUUUUUUUAAGUGUAUUAAAAUGUGUAUAUAUGUUUUUCUAUAGAGAGCAGUGUUAUCUCUAUCAUAAGUGAUCUCAUUGAUGCAAAUAUACACAAAAUGGCAUGUAUUUAUUUUUUAAUUUAUUUGUAUAUUCAGCCACACCUGUUGGCAGUUAGAAUCUAAAAGUAGUUCUUAUUUAAAGCUCUUGGGAACCUAAAUAUAAUGUUUUAUUUUUUUCAUUACACAAAAGACAUUUCCUAUUGCCCCCUGACAUCCUUUUAUUUGCAUAAUGGACUUCAUCCAAAUGUGUAUUUUAACUAAUUUUAUUCAUAAAAAAUGUUUAAAAAAAAAACAUGUGCAUAAUGAGAAUAAUGAGUUUUACAGUUUCAUAAAUGUUAAAGUAAAAUGAAAUGAUUCUUACAUCUUGGUUUUUAAGUGGGAAAAAAUGGAUCACUUGGUUUUAAACUGUUGUGUACAAAAAUGAAAUGAAAUGCUAGCAGUAAAAAAUUUAGCAAAUCUUUUUUUAAGAAAUAUUUUUUGUGUCAAAUAUGAAUUUUAACGUAAAAAAUAUAUAUUUUAAAUAGAUGUGCUGGUUUUGUUGUGAAAAACAAUUGAUUACUUGUUUUAUGAAAGUGUAAAAAAUAAAAUGGUGCCAAUAAAACAUUUUUUCU